GAAUUUUCUAAACUAAGUGAAAAUGGCGAUUGACGAUAAACUAUAAAUAAUUUAACAUUAAGCAAUAAAGUAUUUAUAAGAAUUAUUUAUAAUUAUUAUACAAAUUUAUAGCAACUAUUAUGCACAAAUAUUAGUUCAUAUAAUGAAUAUAAGAAAUACGUAAUUUUAUAUAAUCGAAUAUUUGGAAGGACAAGGACCAAAGACUACCAAAAAAUCAUGGAUACUUUCAAUGCAACUCUUAAAAAGGGCCCUGGCUUGUACGAAUUUUUGGUCGAAGCCGAAUUGCAGCAGUACUUUAACAGUUUUAAGAACGAUCUCAAGGUAACUCACCCCUCACAGUUAAAGUUUGCAACAGAUGGCGACUUGGCAGGGAUGGGUAUGUCGAAACCUGAGGUUAGACGCUUACGGAAGUACUAUGAAAAACAUUUUCCUCACAACUACCUUUCCAAGUUUAAAAAAUUGUUAACUGUUCGGAAACAAGACAAUGUGCUACCUGAAUUAAAUUGUACUAAUAGUAAUGAGAAUAUUCCGACGACACGUUCUCCAAGAGUCCCGAGCAAGCAUAUUAUUCCGGCCGCUAAUAUCACUGUAAAUAAAGAAUUAGGUAUGGGAGAAUUUGGAGUUGUACAGCAAGGCGUGUGGUCGAAUGAAGGCGAACGAAUACAAGUCGCAAUUAAGUGCUUGUCUAGGGAACGAAUGCAGACUAACACAAUUGAGUUUCUGAAGGAGGCCACAAUUAUGCAUUCGAUCGAUCAUCCUCACAUUGUGCGGCUGUUUGGGGUUGUUUUAGAUACUGGCGGUCUGAUGCUGGUGACGGAACUGGCUCCUUUGCGCUCUUUAUUGGAGUGCUUAAAGGAGCCUUCUUUGCGCUCAAGUUUUCCUGUACUUACACUUUGCGAUUUUGCUGUACAAAUUUGCGACGGAAUGCAAUAUCUCGAAUCGAAAAGACUGAUUCAUAGGGACUUGGCGGCUCGUAAUGUUUUGGUAUUUUCAAAGAAUAAAGUUAAAAUUUCCGACUUCGGGUUGAGUCGAGCUUUGGGUCAGGGCAAAGACUACUAUCGAACCAAUUUUAACGUGAACUUAAAACUGCCAGUUGCGUGGUGCGCGCCCGAAUGUAUUACAUAUCUUCGUUUCACGACCGCUAGUGACGUUUGGGCUUUCGGUGUGACACUGUGGGAAAUGUUCUCGUAUGGGUUUCAGCCGUGGGCUGCUCUGACCGGGCUGCAAAUUCUCGAGGCGAUCGAUGAUCCUAACUUUCAGAGACUGGAACAGCCGGAUUGCUGCCCUCAGGAAUAUUACGUACUUAUGCUCGAUUGCUGGAGACACGAAGCAGCAACGAGACCGCGCUUUUCAGAUUUAGGUAGCCGGCUGGUCGAUUGCAGGCCCGAACAAGUACAAACGAAAUCCGCUUCAGUGGAGGGCCCACAUAUGUUACCGUUUCGAGUGGGAGAUGUUAUCACUGUCUUGGAUAAAAUAUCACACAGACCAUUAUGGAAGGGUAUAACAUUAAGCGGGAAAACGGGUUUAUUUAAUCCCGCUUCAGUGGUUGCUUAUCUUGGUAGUGAUUUACCUGGGGCGUCCUUUACGCGAACUGACAGUACAAGAACUUCUGCCAGAAGGAAACUUCGAAGCGAAAUGAUAAGCGCCCCGCAGGGUGACGUGAAGCACACCGGGCAUGUCGGUUUGGAUGGGGCUUACUUUGGUGAUUUGAGCUUUUUAGGUGGAUCUAAAGUAGAUUACAGCGGAGUUCCCACGCAGGUGGUCGCACCUUUCCGACCGCAUCAAGACCUUGAAGCUGCCCCUCUUCUAGAGGACCACAUCCCACUACCACCCGCACCAGAUACGGAUCAUGAAUAUCACGAAAUAAGCGACGAAGAAAACACCAACAGCCCCCCCUUAGACUUAGGUCCGUCGUUAAUGGCAGAAAUGGAACUUAUGUUAAACUCGUUCGGCCAUCCCCCACCGUCGCCCGCCGAUCACGAGGGCUCGAAUAAAACGAACGAACUACGCGAACGCCUAGGGAAACCCAGGAAGCAAGCGACCGUUAAACCCAUAUCCGCGCACGACCAAAAAACUCUCGAUACGGCGAUUGCGAUGGCCACCGAAAUUAGUACGCGAUCUAUGAACGAUUUGCCCGCGCCGACGACGCCGGCGUCUCCCACGAAACGAAAGUUUAGUUUUCGUUUUCCGAACGCAUUGGACCAUGACAAGCAUGACAAGACAAUCGAAAGGAGGAAUUUCUCCGAAGAGGCGCAUUCGACCCCUGAUUUGCAGCACAAAUUGCGUUGCUCCUUAAACUCGUUAGAUAAUUACACCAAUAGCACACUUCGUUUGCCAUUAUGGGACAAAGCUUCGGCUGAAUUUUAUUUUGCGAAGUCCCGCGAACUGCUAACCAAACCGUUUCCGUCCCCCAAAGUUCCCUAUAACUCGUGUCGCGAUUUGAAAGACUGCGACAGCAACUUUCAAAACGACUACGUUCACUUGCAACAUCAAAUGCACGAUUUAACGUUAAGAAGUUCGUACUGUAGAGGUGCGGAUUAUAGAGAUCGUACUUUAACUAAGUCAGAGAGUUUGUCUCGUAAAACUUACACGUCCGAUUCGAAAAAUAGCGGCGUGUGCCACAAUCGGGCGUUUCUCAAGCCGCCUUUAGCACAUAUUCCUUACCAAAUUACUCAUAAUAACGUUUAUUAUAAGGAGGAACAGCCGAGUAUAUACAACGGUGUCGUAUUUACGCCCGACACUAGCUAUGAUGACGUGUUCGUCUACGAUAACCACUGCUACAUAGAUGAAUCUAGAACUUUCGACAAUCAAAACGUUGAAAAUAUUAAAGCGAAUAUUAACUUUAUUCACGUCCAGGAAAAUUUCCCCAAAAAAGGCGGCAAAACGAUUCGCGAGCGAAAUUUACGAAGACAAUCGUACAAUCCUCAGGCAUACGCCGAAUCCAGUUCGAGCGAUAGCGAUUGCAUGAGUUUGGGUUCAGUCGAUUUGGAUUGGCGCAGACGGCGUCGGCUUAGGCGCAUGUCGACAUCUAACAGUAGCAUACGUUCCGAACUCGGUGCGCAUCCGCGAAUAGGCGUACAGUAUUUGAAACCGGAGAUGCUAAUCACAACCGUAAAGGGUGGGAGGUCGCCGCCUCCCAGUAACAGCAUGCUUAGCGGUCUGUCACCAACCACUGCCGCCCGUAAAAAACAAUCAGAUUCAUCGUCGGGCUCUAGCACUUAAAUUAUGUAUAUGUGAUAAAAUGGGCAUUAGAGCCUUUACUUAAUUUAAAACGGAAUUUAGUUAUUGCAGAUCUGUUGUUUGAUUAAACUGCUGUGUCCCAUGUUGGUGAAAUUAACCUCAUCUGUUGAACAAAUUAAGGAACAAGUUAUGGAAUUUAGUUAUUGUAGCUGUUUUAUUUUUUGCCAAAAUGCUUUGUCCAAUCUUGUGAAUUUAGAAUUUGAUGAACCAAUUAAGAAGGAAGAUACGACUAUCUUUUAUUUUUUGUUUGUUGGUGACACAAGGAAAAAUUUUGUUUCGCUUGGCGAGGCUAACUUCACACUGUUCACUUCACAUUCGUUUUUUUUUAAGUUAAGGAUAUAGUUUCAUUUCAUUUGUUUAGUAAUUGUAUGUUUUAAUGUAAUGAACGUCUGUUUUGCAAAAUCCAAUUCACAUUAAAAAAAAGGGAGUAGUUUGGAGUAAGGAAAACAAAUGCACCCGAAUGUAUUUAUAAGUUAGAUGAUGAUAGUAAAAUAAACCAUAGCUAAGCAAUUUAAUUAAAAGAAUGUAACGAAUUUUGGAAAAUUGACUGGCGGUUGGCUGGUUUUACACUCGCCUGUCGCCAAGCUUUAUUUGGCUUUUUUUUCACUGUAAUUUGAAUUUCAUGAAACAAAAUGAUACAGAGAAACAAACAGUAACUAAAAAAGCGAAAUGAAAUACCUAAUUAUACUUUAAAAAAGCAGUUGAGGCUAACUUCACUGACAUCCUUGUCCCAAUUUGUUGUUUAAUUUUCCGUGAAACUAAUUCUGGUAAUUUCAUCGCACGGCUCUGAUUGAGUAAUCACCUAUUUUAUCAACUGUAUGUAUUCAUAGUUAGAUUUGAGCGAUGUACUCAAUAGAAUCCUUCGUCCAUUAGAAGUUAAUAUGUACUCAUACAUGAACACUUGCAUCAUAUGCAUAGGAAUUGCCUAGGUAAGAGUGAAACCGAUGACUGACUUAGAUAAAGUAAGGUACAUAAUCAAUUGUUGAUGUUGUAAAUAGAACCAUCUUUUGGAGAAUCAAAAUUUUUGAAAGUAACCCAUGACGGUUUACUUAACAAUAUUUUUUGUAUUCACUUGUGGAUUGGACAAUUGUAAAUCCGCAGAGUGCAAUUUCUUGCAUGUGAUAUUUACCCAUUAUACUAAUUGUACGGUUUUGCUUUGAGCAAAAUUGUUUGUGACCUUGUGUGUUUAUAAUAUCAAUCAUUUGUUCUAUGCACAGCCUUACACUGUAGUCUUUCUAAAAUAUAAUGUUAUUUGGCGAAGUUAUAAAAUCAUAUUUUUUUAUUUAUAUUUUGGUUCGACCCUCUCCUUAUUC